AUGGGCCACUCCCCCUCCUCCCUCUCCAAAUCCGGCCCCUCCUCUCCACCGCGCCGCAGCAGGUCGCUCUACCCCAUGGCGCCGCCGCCGCAGCUGCGGCUGACCGCGCCGAUGCAGGUCGCUGCGGGGGACAGCGGCAGCGGCAGCUCCUCCUCGUUCGCGCCGCCCGCUCGGGACUACACCCAGGACCUGCCCGACGAGAUCCUCGCGCUGGUCUUCGCGUCGCUCUCGCCCACCGACCGCAACGCCUGCUCCCUCGCCUGCUCCCGCUGGAUGGAGGUCGACGCCACCACGCGCCACCGACUCUCCCUCGACGCCCGCGCCGCGCUGGGCAACGCGGCGCCCGCGCUGUUCGCGCGGUUCACGGCCGUCACCAAGCUAGCGCUCCGCUGCGCGCGCGGGUCGGGCGCCGACAGCCUCUCCGACUACGGCGCCGCGGCGGUGGCCGACGCGCUGCCCUCGGAGCGCCUCGCCAGGCUCAAGCUCCGCGGCCUCAGGCAGCUCUCCGACGCCGGGCUGGCCUCGCUCGCCGCCGCCGCGCCGGCGAUCCGCAAGCUCUCCGUUGCGUCCUGCACCUUCGGACCCAAGGCAUUCGUCGCCGUGCUCCAGUCCUGCCCCCUCCUCGAGGACCUCUCCGUCAAGCGCCUCCGCGGCCUACCUGACACGGCCGGUGCCACCACUUCCAUUGCUGAGGACAUUAAAUUUCCACCGGCUUUGUCCCUGCGUUCGGUUUGCCUCAAGGAUCUUUAUAGCGCUCUGUGCUUUGUGCCGCUUCUGGCGUCCUCACCAAACCUCCGCUCGCUCAAGAUACUGCGGUGCUCCGGCGCCUGGGACCUGCCAUUGGAGGUCAUCACUGCACGUGCUCCUGGCCUUGUUGAGCUUCACCUUGAGAAGCUGCAGGUUGGCGACCGUGGCCUUGCUGCGCUUUCUGCCUGUCCCAAUCUGGAGGUUCUGUUCCUUGUGAAGACCCCUGAGUGCACUGAUUCGGGCAUCAUCAGUGUUGCUGAGAAGUGCCACAAACUCCGCAAACUGCACGUCGAUGGGUGGCGCACAAACCGGAUUGGGGAUUUCGGACUCAUGGCUGUGGCACGAGGAUGUCCAGAUCUGCAGGAGCUCGUUUUGAUAGGGGUCAACCCCACCGUGCUGAGCCUCCGGAUGCUUGGUGAGCACUGCAGGUCGCUCGAACGGCUCGCGCUUUGUGGGUGUGAAACUGUGGGGGAUGCUGAGAUCAUUUGCUUGGCUGAGCGCUGGGCUGCGCUCAAGAAGCUCUGCAUCAAGGGGUGCCCGGUGUCAGAUCGUGGGAUGGAAGCACUGAAUGGGGGCUGCCCCAGUUUAGUCAAGGUGAAGCUGAAGAGAUGCCGUGGAGUGUCAUACGAGUGCAUUGAGAACCUGAAGGUUACUAGGGGGGAGUCAUUUUCCAUCAGCUUGGAUAUUGUGGAGCAUGAUGCUGGGAGCGCUAGUGAAAAUGGUGUGCAGGAGAAUGGACAGGCACAAAUUACUGAGCUGACCGAUCAAAUGGCAGGCAUGGGCCUUCCGGCCAAUGCCACUGGCGCACAAUCAUCGACUCAUACCAUUAACAGGAUGAGGAGUGUCAUGUCUGCGAUCCGGCGUAGGUUUGGCAAUCCUCCGCCACCAUGA